AUCUCGGUGAAGGGUGAACGCAGGAAUAACGAGAGGGAGGAGAGAGAGAGAGAGAGAGAGAGCGUGCACGUGAGGAGAUGCAGUGCACGAGGGUGGAGCUUAGCAUCAGGCAAUACCUCGUCUAAUGCUCUCUCUCUCUCUCAUCUCUGAUCUCUGAGCGCUGACGCCGGUGAACCUGUCUGUCUCUCCUCUGCUGUUCCGCUUUCUCCAGCCGCUCUGUCUUUGUUCUGGAAUAUUCGGAGCGACAGGAAGCGCAGGGAUUGUGCAUCGGAUCGGUGUGUGUGUGUGUGUGUGAGGAGGUGAAACACACGCUGGUCUCGGCCGAGGGAAGGAUGGUUUUGCCGGCGGUUCUCAUCCGAGUGCGUGUCUCCCCGGCAACCGCGCCAUGAGCCGGACCAACCGCGCCUCCUGCUCAAUGCUCAACUGCUUCGGUGAGGAGGGGCCGCCCAGCCUGGAGUACAUUCAGGCCCGGGACCUGUUUCCCCAGAAAGAGCUGUUAAAAGAAGACGACGCUCUGCAGGUCCCGUUCCCUGUUCUUCAGGGCGAGUGGGUGGAGUUCCUGGGCCGUGCGGACGAUGCCAUCAUCGCCAUCUCCAACUACAGGCUUCACAUCAAAUUCAAAGACUCCAUCAUCAAUAUGUAUCCCGGUGUGGACAGUGAGAUUUCUGUUCCUCUGAGGCUGAUUGAGGGUGUUGAGAGCAGAGACAUGUUUCAGCUGCACAUCAUAUGCAAAGACUCCAAAGUAGUGAGGUGUCAUUUCUCGACGUUCAAGCAGUGCGAGGAGUGGCUGAAGCGCUUGAACAGAGCCAUAGCGCAUCCGGCCCGCCUGGAGGAGCUGUUCGCUCUGGCGUAUCACGCCUGGUGUUUAGGAGGAAACACGGACGAUGAAGACCAGCACCUGCACCUCUGCAGACCAGGCGAUCACGUGCGGCACAGGAUGGAGGUGGAGGUGAAGCGGAUGGGCUUCGACAUGCAGAACGCCUGGAGAGUGUCCGACAUCAACAACAACUACAAGUUGUGUUCGAGUUACCCGCAGAAGCUGCUGGUGCCCGUCUGGAUCACCGAUAAGGAGCUGGAGAGCGUGGCCUCCUUCAGGUCCUGGAAGAGGAUUCCCGUGGUGGUGUACAGGCACCAGAGGAACGGGGCGGUCAUCGCCCGCUGCAGUCAGCCCGAGAUCAGCUGGUGGGGCUGGAGGAACACCGAGGACGAGUAUCUGGUCACGUCCAUCGCAAAGGCCUGUCAGCUGGACGCCGGGCCGCGGGCCUGCAGGGCCAGAGGAGACGGACCCGACUCGUCCGACAGCGACUUCGACUCGUCUCUGACCGGUUGUCCCGCUCCUGAUCCCAGCGGUGCAGCGCAGAAGUUACUGAUUCUGGACGCUCGUUCUUACACCGCGGCUGUGGCCAAUCGUGCCAAAGGAGGAGGCUGCGAGUGUGAAGAGUACUAUCCCAACUGUGAGGUGAUGUUUAUGGGCAUGGCCAACAUCCACUCCAUCAGAAACAGCUUUCAGUCGCUCAGAGCCGUUUGCAGUCAGAUUCCGGAUCCCGGCAACUGGCUCUCGGCUCUGGAAAGCACCCGCUGGCUGCAGCACCUGUCGGUCAUGCUGAAGGCCGCUGCUCUGGUCAGCUCCGCGGUGGAGCGAGAGGGACGGCCGGUGCUGGUGCACUGCUCGGACGGCUGGGACCGGACCCCGCAGAUCGUGGCCCUCGCGAAGAUCCUGCUGGAUCCCUUCUACAGGACCAUAGAGGGUUUUCAGGUGCUGGUGGAGACCGAGUGGCUGGAUUACGGUCACAAGUUUGCGGACCGCUGCGGUCAUCAGGAGAACGGGGAGGAUGUGAGUGAACAGUGUCCGGUGUUCCUGCAGUGGCUGGACUGCGUUCAUCAGCUCCUCAAGCAGUUCCCCUGCCUCUUCGAGUUCAACGAGGCCUUUCUGGUGAAGCUGGUUCAGCACACGUACUCAUGUCUGUACGGCACCUUCCUGUGCAAUAACGCUAAAGAGCGUGAAGCCCGUAACGUCUAUAAACGCACCUGCUCCGCCUGGUCUCUGCUGCGCAACGGCAACAAGAACUUCCAGAACUUCCUCUACAUCCCCUGCCAUGAUAUGGUUCUGCAGCCGGUCUGUCACACGCGGGCUCUGCAGCUCUGGACGGCCGUGUAUCUGCCCACGUCGUCGCCGUGCACCGCCGCUGAGGAUGCCAUGGAGCUGUACCUGAGCCCUUCGGCCGGAGCAGAGGAGUUCGGCUCUCGCUCCCUCGACAGGCUCCCCAAAACCCGCUCGAUGGACAACCUGGUGUCUGCCUGUGAGAACGGCGUGACGCUCACCCGCACCUCGAGCGACCCCAACCUGAACAAGCACUGCCCCGAGGGCCGCCCGGCGCUGGAGUCCACCCAACCCACGGCCCUCCAGAGCCCCGCCUCGCCCGAGGACCCGCCGGCCGCCGCCAGUGACGAAAGCAGCUCCGAGGACGACCCCGAGCUGUCUCCUUGUUUGACCACGCAGCCCCUUCCGUCUCUGCCCCACCCCUUAGCGCUAGAUCAAGCCCCGCCCCUUCCGGUCCCAAACCAAGCUCCGCCUCAAAUCGCAGUCAGCUCCGCGCCGGAAAUCAGGACUGCAGAAAACACGACUCCACCUCCUCUUUGUAACGGCGUAGAGCAAGCGGCUAGCGGUUCACCGAAGUCCAUGGAGGCGUCAGUGGAGACGCUGACGGAGCAAAGCGCCAUCCCUCCUUCGAGGAAAGCCGCCGACGAGACGCCGACGCGAAACGGCGAGCUGGUUCCCGCCAGAGAACGGCCUCCACCCGCCGACUACGCCAAAGCCGCGCGCCGCUUGAUUUCCCAAAGCCAGCUGACGGAGCUGUCUCUGCUGGGCUCGCAGUGGGACAGCGUCCAGGGCCUGGUGCAGUCGGCCUGCGGCGGCGCUCUCCAGCACGGCAGCUAUCACGGCCGGCGGCUGGCGAACAAGCUCCUCCGCGCUCAAGCCGCUAGCGCUAACGGCGGGCCGUGCUGCCGCCGAGACCCCCUGCGCGGCCCCGGGAGCCCCGUCCAGUCGGGCUGGUUCUCGGCGGUGAGGAACUCCAGCUACGCCGCGCUCUGCUCCUCGGCCGCGUCCUCGCUGGCCAUGGGCCCGUCCUUCCGGCAGCUGCUCCCGUCCCAUUCCUCGCCGUGCUCCGGCGGCUCUCCGGCUCCGGCGUACCUGGACGACGACGGCCUGCCGGUGGCGGUGGACGCGGUGCAGCAGCGGCUCAGGCAGAUCGAGGCCAGCUACAAGCAGGAGGUGGAGGUCCUGAGGAGGCAGGUCCGACAGCUGCAGCUCAAACUGGAGAGCAAGCAGUUCUGCACACCGCCCUCCGAACCCGACGUCGACUACGAGGACGAUAUCACGUGUCUUCGGGAGUCGGACGGCAGCGACGAGGAGGACUCUCUGUCCAAUCACAGCGAGGACCGCUUCAGCGAGGGCAGCUGGGACCGUGUGGAGAGGAAGGACACAGAGGUCACCAGAUGGGUGCCGGAUCACAUGGCCUCUCACUGCUUCAACUGUGACUGUGAGUUCUGGAUUGCCAAGAGACGCCAUCACUGCAGGAACUGCGGCAACGUGUUCUGUAAGGACUGCUGUCACCUGAAGCUGCCCAUCCCGGACCAGCAGCUGUACGACCCGGUUCUGGUCUGCAACACGUGCCACGACCUGCUGCUGGAGUCCCGCACGCGAGAGCUGCGCUCGCAACAGCUGAAGAAAGCCAUCGCCACCGCCUCCAGCUGAGACGGCCAAUCACGGAGCGCCACGCAGCGGCGUCCAAUCAGACGCCCCUCUUUUAGAGCAAGAGCCACUCUCUCCUCCUUCCCCGAGGGCCACCCGGAGUCCGGAUGGGCUCUGAGACCGAUCCACGCCUGGAACGGGACGGAUCGAGUGCGGUUUGACACGGAGGGGCGAUUUUAUCACCGCGAGUGAACCGCGAGCUUCUCCGCUUGAGGACAGAAAGCGAACCCAAAGGAUUUUGGGUCGCCGAGCCCAAAGAGAGGCGUUCGUUCAUCACCACACGGCCCCUAUGCAUCACACACAUCGGACAAUCUCAGCCGUCCGGAGGCUCUCUAUUUAAAACCAAGCAAGCUGCUACAGUAUUUAAAAAACCCCACAAAUUCUACUUUUGUAUCCUUAUUAGUUUGUGCACUACAGAGGGGUUCGAGACCAAAGUUGAAUGUACGGCCGUCCGGUUGGUUUCGGUUCCUCAGAGACUGGAUUGGCGAACGCAGUUACUGAAUUCAAGCUGCCGCUUCGCUUUGACGUGAUGGCAAUUUUGUGCAAUUAUUGUUGGUUUUUUUCGUUUUUCAGCCACUCCUGCUUUCGUCGGACUCUCUCUCGUGACUUCCAAUGCCAAAAUCGAACUCGGGAUUCCAACGUACCGCCGAUACAUCGAACCCAAUCGCUCCGAAAUUCGUGUUUCACCCGGCUGGUGGUGUGUUCGUGGCAGGAAAGGCAAGAAGAAAGCGAGCGAGCUGAACAUUUACGCCGCGUGUCGUUGUGUAUAGCCAUGUUGCACUGCUCCGUCUACUUUAGCCAGGAUGCUAGCGAGCUAGUUUCUUUUCUAUGACUCUGUCUGAACAAACCAACAAGGAUAAUUGGAGACGGGUGAAUCAUUGGAAACGUUCUCAACAGCAUCACACGUUCAAGACAAGUGCUACGAUUUCUUUCCCGCGUCGUCCGCGUCUUCAGUGUAUUGUGAUGUCGGUGAACCUCUCAACAGUGCCAUGUGUUUGAUUUUCUUACGGAUUCGCCGAUUUGUAACUUUAACCUGUUGGACGGUACGAGACGCUCAGAGGGUGAUUUGUUGAGAAGCGAGGAGCUUAAAAACACUGAGAACCGGCUUUGACUUUUUUUUUUUGAUUUUUUUUUUCUCCUUCUCCGUGGUGUUGAUGAAGGACACGUUUUGAGUUAAAUGCGUUGAAAAGGAACCCAGAAAUGUGAUGUAUAGUUAUUUGGUCUGUAAUAGUGGCUAAAAUUUGUCACUUAGUGAAUAAUUGUUGUAAAGAAAUGCACUGUACAAGUUCGAUCCCAUGGGUUAAAUAAAAAGAUACGUCUUUAUCAGC